AUGACACGCCGCAAGCCGGCGGUGCCAGUGGCCACAACGCCGAGUUACAGCGACAGGACCUCGCGAUCUGAGCAACCAUAUUCCACGAACUCAGACGUGACCCUUACCCAGGAAGGACAGGCGAGCUCAAUCUCCAUGUCUCCGACCUCGACGGAUGCUCCCAAAGCUGGUGAUUCAGCACACCUCAUCAAUGCAGACCUCCUGAUCCCUGGGCGCGGUGAGCCUCGGAGCAAGAUGAGCGUGAUUGUGCAAGACGGAAAGAUCACCUCAGUGCAGCCGACGUCGUCGGUGCCUCCACCGUUCAAAAAGCUCCCCACGACAGAAGUGCCAGUGCUGCUCCCUGGCCUAUGGGACUGCCACACCCAUCUACUGGGAGCGACAUCCUUCAACUUCAGCGAGCUGCUGACGACGUCGCCGCCCGCGCUGGCUGGGGCGCGAAUCAGCCGCAACGUCCACGACAUCCUGAUGAGCGGGUUCACAUCAAUCCGCGAUCUGGGUGGGUAUGCACUCGAAGUAUCAAAGGCGGUCGAUGAAGGCACCCUCGUCGGACCACACAUCUACUCUGCGGGAGCGGCCAUUUCGCAGACCUCGGGACACGGCGACAUCUACGAUCUGCCGUCCGGGUUCGUGACCUCAUGCCUCGGGGUGAGGGACACACAGGCGAACGCGUUCGCACCGGCAACGGGCCCCUUGCUCCUGGCAGACGGGGUGGACGAGUGUCGACGCGCCGUCCGGCUCCUGACGCGCCGCGGAGCCCAAUGCAUCAAAGUAUUUGCUUCGGGCGGCGUGCUCAGCAUCGCGGACGACCCGCUCCGACAGCAGUUCUCGCUCGACGAGCUGAAGGUCAUUGUGGAAGAAGCGAACCGGGCCGGGCGUAUCGUCGCCGCGCACUGUCACGGCAAAGUUGGCAUCAUGGCCGCCCUGCACGCCGGCUGCCAUACGAUCGAGCACGGUACAUACAUGGACGAGGAAUGUGUGGAGUUGAUGAAGCGCAAGGGCGCCGUCUACGUCCCCACCCGGACCAUUGUCAAGAUCGGCGUCGAUCACCCGGAGCUGAUGUCGCCAGAGUCCUACCGUAAGAUGCUUGAGACUGCUAAGCACCAUCGCGCCGCAUACCGCCUGGCUGUCCGUUCUGGCGUCAAAAUCGCCCUCGGCACCGAUCUGGGCAUCAGUGCCCCGACUACCCAUCCCUUAGCCCUGGGCAACAGCGGCGGCGAGCUCGCGUAUGCUGUAAGCGACGGCGGCAUGGACUCUCUUUCUGCCAUCGAGGCCGCCACGGCCAUGGGUCCUGAGGUUCUUGGGGACUUGGGCAUGGCUCCCAAGACCGGCCAGAUUGCCGUCGGCUACGAUGCUGACUUGAUCGCCCUGACUGCCAACCCACUGCAUAAUAUGGAUUUAUUCAAGCAUCCCAAGAAUAUCACGCAUGUCUGGAAGUCCGGCAAGUUGUUCAAGAGCCCUACUUCUGCUUCUGCUGCUUUCCCUCUGUGA